AUGGAGACCAAUUUAAGUACUACUAUUUCAUCAAACAUCACCAACAAUUCCCUCUUCAACUCGACUUACUUCGAAGACGAAUGCUGCAUUGACGAGGUGUACUAUAACGUAGUACUGAUAUGCAUAACCUUCCUCCUAGUAUGCUGUCUUCUGGCCAUGUGCGUCAACUCUCUAGUCAUCAUAAGCAUCUACUGGAUAAGAAAUCCGAUGACGCCGAAUCUAAAAAUAAGUUUGAGCUUAGCCGUAGCUGACGCCCUCAGCUCCAGUAUGACUGGAUUCUUGUUGUUGAUGGAGCGGCUCCAGAUCGAAAAUUUGGGAAUAUUUUUUUGUAUCGCAGAAUUGAUUCGGCUAAGCGGAAUCGUUAUUACUGUUUUACACUUACUAGCAUUAAGUUUCAAUCACUAUAUCGGCAUAAUGAAACCUCUGCACUACAAUGUUAUAGUAACCAAAAGAAAAGUGUCUAUUGUAAUCGCUUUCUUAUGGGUAUGUCCUAUUAUACUACUACUAGUACUGUCCACCGUAGAAAAUAGUGGCAAAUUUUUAGGAAAUACAAGCGCUUUUCAAAUAUUCUCCACUUUCGCUUCUAGAUUGAGCUACAGCUUUCUCUUUUUCUUUCCCAUAGUUUUAAUGGUUAUUUGCUACACGCAUAUAUUAAUAACUGUAAAGCGACAACAGAAUAAGUGGAAGAACGUAUCAAGAACCGGCAGCUCAAAAUACAAAGGACGCAGCAUGAAAACUAACAGCUGCAGCCAGAAAGCCAUAAGAGAACAAGCCAGACUUCAAGGGAACAUCAAGGCUGUUUACACCACGCUCUUUAUUUUGGGAUCGUGCUUUAUUGGAUGGAUGCCGGCUCUGCUUUUCUUCAUACUUUCUUGUAAUGAUUGUCCAAUUAGUGGGGAAACACUCAAUACGCUUAAUAGAGAUUAUAAAUAUGAAGUUUUGUCACUUCGCUUAAUAGAGAAUACACUUGUUAUCAUGAAGAUGUUGGCGAAUCCUAUCAUUUAUACCAUAAGAAUCAAGGAGAUUAAAGACAGUACCAAUCGGAUGUAUCUCGCGAUCGCUGGACUUUUCUGUCCAAGCAGGAGAAACAACAAUGCUUACGGUUUGAACUAUCAGCCGUCGAGGAAACAAAACAGCGUCAUCACAUCCCAAAUUCGUAUGAACUCAUUUCGGACAUCAACGGAAACUCAAGUUAUUUGA